AUGAGAGCCAAAUAUGAUAUAGCAUCAUUUUUCUUUUCUUCUUUUUCUUUUUCUUUCUUUCUUUCUUUCUUUCUUUUUCUUCUUUUCAUUCUUUAUUCACUUCUUUCUCUCUUUUCUUCCUCUUUUCUUUCUUCCUCUUCUCUUUUCUUCUUUUUCAUUCUCUCUUUCUUUUUCUUUCUCUUUUCCUUCUUCUUCUCCUCCCCCUUUUUUCUUCUUCUUCCUCUUCUGCUUCAUCAACUUCUUUCUUCUUCUUUUCCUUCUUCUUCUUCUUUCUCUCUACCCCUUAACUUUCUUAUUCCUCUUUCUUUCUUUUUUUUCUCUUUGCCUACUUCCUCUUCUCUUUACUUCUUUUUCCUUCUCUCUUUCUUUUUAUUUCUCUUUUCCUUCACCCUCCUUCUUUUUCUUCUUCUUCUUUCUCUUCUGCUUCAUCAACUUCUUUUUUCCUCUUUUCCUUCUUCUUCUUUCUGUCUACCUCUUUUCUUUCUUCUUCCUCUUUCUUUCUUUUUCUUUUUAUUUUUCUACUUCAUCUUCUCUUUACUUCUUUUUCCUUCUCUCUUUCUUUUUAUUUCUCUUCUCCCUCCUCCUUUUUCUUCUUCUUCUUUCUCUUCUGCUUCAUCAACUUCUUUCUUCUUCUUUUCUUUCUUCUUCUUUCUGUCUACCGCUUUUCUUUCUUCUUCCUCUUUCUUCCUUUCUCUUUCUCUUUUCCUUCUCCUUCACCUCAUCUUCAUUUUUCUCUUUCUCUUCUUUUACUUCUUUUUCUUCAUAGUUCUUUUUCUUUCUCCUUUUCUUCCCCUUCACUUUUUCUUUUCUCUCUUUCUCCCUCUUUUCCAUCUUCUUCUUAUCACCCCGCCCUUAGGCCCUCGCGAUCCUGCCCGAUUCCCACCUAAGCGCACAGCGCUUCUUACCUACACCCAAACCCCCAGCAGACUCCCAACCAGCCGGCCCUCUUAUCAGCCAUCCCCUACCCCAAUCUACCUUUCGGCACAAGCCGACAAAUAA